AUGAGCCGACCCCCGACGACUGGGAAGAUGCCCGGCGCCCCCGAGGCCGUGUCGGGGGACGGCGCGGGCGCGAGCCGCCAGAGGAAGCUGGAGGCGCUGAUCCGAGACCCUCGCUCGCCCAUCAACGUGGAGAGCUUGCUGGAUGGCUUAAAUUCUUUGGUCCUUGAUUUGGAUUUUCCUGCUUUGAGGAAAAACAAAAAUAUAGAUAAUUUCUUAAAUAGAUAUGAGAAAAUUGUGAAAAAGAUUAGAGGUUUACAGAUGAAGGCAGAAGACUACGAUGUUGUAAAAGUUAUUGGAAGAGGUGCUUUUGGUGAAGUCCAGUUGGUUCGUCAUAAGGCAUCACAGAAAGUUUACGCUAUGAAGCUUCUUAGUAAGUUUGAAAUGAUAAAAAGAUCAGAUUCUGCUUUUUUCUGGGAGGAGAGAGAUAUUAUGGCCUUUGCCAACAGUCCCUGGGUGGUUCAGCUCUUUUGUGCCUUUCAAGAUGAUAAGUAUCUGUACAUGGUAAUGGAGUACAUGCCUGGUGGAGACCUUGUAAACCUUAUGAGUAACUAUGAUGUACCUGAAAAAUGGGCCAAAUUUUAUACUGCUGAAGUUGUUCUUGCUUUGGAUGCCAUACACUCCAUGGGUUUAAUUCACAGAGAUGUGAAGCCUGACAACAUGCUCUUGGAUAAACAUGGACAUCUAAAAUUAGCAGAUUUUGGCACAUGUAUGAAGAUGGAUGAAACAGGCAUGGUGCACUGUGAUACAGCAGUUGGAACACCUGAUUAUAUAUCACCUGAGGUCCUGAAAUCACAAGGGGGUGAUGGUUACUAUGGGCGAGAAUGUGAUUGGUGGUCCGUGGGUGUUUUCCUUUUUGAGAUGCUGGUGGGGGAUACUCCAUUUUAUGCAGAUUCACUUGUAGGAACAUACAGCAAAAUUAUGGAUCAUAAAAACUCACUGUGUUUCCCUGAAGAUGCAGAAAUUUCUAAACAUGCGAAGAAUCUCAUCUGUGCCUUCUUAACGGAUAGGGAGGUACGCCUUGGAAGAAAUGGGGUCGAAGAAAUCAAACAACAUCCUUUCUUUAAGAAUGAUCAGUGGAAUUGGGAUAACAUAAGAGAGACUGCAGCUCCUGUGGUACCUGAACUCAGCAGUGACAUAGACAGCAGCAAUUUUGAUGACAUUGAAGAUGAUAAAGGAGAUGUAGAAACCUUCCCAAUUCCUAAGGCUUUUGUGGGAAAUCAGCUACCUUUUAUAGGAUUUACCUACUACAGAGAAAAUUUGUUACUAAGUGACUCUCCGUCUUGUAAAGAAAAUGACUCAAUACAAUCAAGGAAGAAUGAAAUUCAGAAAAAACUGUACACAUUAGAAGAACACCUCAGCACUGAGAUACAAGCCAAAGAGGAACUAGAACAGAAGUGCAAAUCUGUUAAUACUCGCCUAGAGAAAGUGGCAAAGGAACUAGAAGAAGAGAUUACCUUAAGGAAAAAUGUGGAAUCAACAUUAAGACAAUUAGAAAGAGAAAAGGCACUUCUUCAGCACAAAAAUGCAGAAUAUCAGCGGAAAGCUGAUCAUGAAGCAGACAAGAAGCGAAAUUUGGAGAAUGAUGUUAACAGUUUAAAAGAUCAGCUUGAAGAUUUGAAAAAAAGAAAUCAGAACUCUCAGAUAUCCACUGAGAAAGUGAAUCAACUCCAGAGACAACUGGAUGAAACCAAUGCUUUGCUGCGAACAGAAUCUGAUACUGCAGCCCGGUUAAGGAAAACACAGGCAGAAAGUUCAAAACAGAUUCAGCAACUGGAAUCUAACAACAGAGAUCUACAAGACAAAAAUUGCCUCCUGGAGACUGCCAGGUUAAAACUUGAAAAGGAAUUUAUCAAUCUUCAGUCAGUUCUAGAAUCUGAGAGGAGGGACCGAACCCAUGGAUCAGAGAUUAUUAAUGAUUUACAAGGUAGAAUAUCUGGCCUAGAAGAAGAUGUAAAGAAUGGUAAAAUCUUAUUAGCAAAAGUAGAGCUGGAGAAGAGACAACUACAGGAGAGAUUUACUGAUUUGGAAAAGGAAAAGAACAACAUGGAAAUAGAUAUGACAUACCAACUAAAAGUUAUACAGCAAAGUUUAGAACAAGAAGAAACUGAACAUAAGGCUACAAAAGCACGGCUUGCAGAUAAAAACAAGAUUUAUGAAUCCAUUGAAGAAGCUAAAUCAGAAGCCAUGAAAGAAAUGGAGAAAAAGCUCUUGGAGGAAAGAACUUUAAAACAAAAAGUAGAGAACUUGUUGCUGGAGGCUGAGAAAAGAUGCUCUAUAUUAGACUGUGACCUCAAACAGUCACAGCAGAAAAUAAAUGAACUCCUCAAACAGAAAGAUGUGCUAAAUGAGGAUGUUAGAAACUUGACAUUAAAAAUAGAACAGGAAACUCAGAAGCGCUGCCUUACACAAAAUGACUUGAAAAUGCAAACACAGCAAGUUAACACACUAAAAAUGUCAGAAAAGCAGUUAAAGCAAGAGAAUAAUCAUCUCCUAGAAAUGAAAAUGAGCUUGGAAAAACAGAAUGCUGAACUUCGAAAAGAACGUCAAGAUGCAGAUGGACAAAUGAAAGAGCUCCAGGAUCAGCUUGAAGCAGAACAGUAUUUCUCAACCCUCUAUAAAACACAGGUUAGGGAACUUAAGGAAGAAUGUGAAGAAAAGACCAAACUUUGUAAAGAAUUACAGCAGAAGAAACAGGAAUUACAGGAUGAAAGGGAUUCCUUGGCUGCUCAACUGGAGAUUACCUUAACCAAAGCAGAUUCUGAGCAACUGGCUCGUUCAAUUGCUGAGGAGCAGUAUUCUGAUUUGGAAAAAGAGAAGAUCAUGAAAGAGCUGGAGAUCAAAGAGAUGAUGGCUCGGCACAAACAGGAACUCACUGAAAAAGAUGCUACUAUUGCGUCUCUUGAGGAAACUAAUAGGACACUAACUAGUGAUGUUGCCAAUCUUGCAAAUGAGAAAGAAGAAUUAAAUAACAAAUUGAAAGAAGCCCAAGAGCAACUAUCAAGGUUGAAAGAUGAAGAAAUAAGUGCAGCAGCUAUUAAAGCACAAUUUGAGAAGCAGCUGUUAACAGAGAGGACACUUAAAACUCAAGCUGUGAAUAAGUUGGCUGAGAUCAUGAAUCGAAAGGAACCUGUUAAGCGUGGUAAUGACACAGAUGUGCGGAGAAAAGAAAAGGAGAAUAGAAAGCUACAUAUGGAACUUAAAUCUGAACGCGAAAAACUGACCCAGCAGAUGAUCAAGUAUCAGAAAGAACUGAAUGAAAUGCAGGCUCAAAUAGCUGAAGAGAGUCAGAUUCGAAUUGAACUCCAGAUGACACUGGACAGUAAGGACAGUGACAUUGAGCAGCUGCGCUCCCAGCUCCAGGCCUUGCACAUUGGUUUGGAUAGUUCCAGUAUAGGCAGUGGACCAGGGGAUACUGAAGCUGAUGAUGGGUUUCCAGAAUCAAGACUAGAAGGAUGGCUUUCAUUGCCUGUGAGAAACAACACUAAGAAAUUUGGAUGGGUUAAAAAGUAUGUGAUUGUAAGCAGUAAGAAGAUCCUUUUCUAUGACAGUGAACAAGAUAAAGAACAAUCUAAUCCUUACAUGGUUUUAGAUAUAGACAAGUUAUUUCAUGUCCGACCAGUUACACAGACAGAUGUAUAUAGAGCAGAUGCUAAAGAAAUUCCAAGGAUAUUCCAGAUUCUGUAUGCCAAUGAAGGAGAAAGUAAGAAGGAACAAGAAUUUCCAGUGGAGCCAGUGGGAGAAAAAUCAAAUUAUAUUUGCCACAAGGGACAUGAAUUUAUUCCUACUCUCUAUCAUUUCCCAACCAACUGUGAGGCGUGUAUGAAGCCAUUGUGGCACAUGUUUAAACCCCCUCCUGCUUUAGAGUGCCGUCGCUGUCAUAUUAAAUGUCAUAAAGAUCACAUGGACAAAAAGGAGGAAAUCAUAGCACCUUGCAAAGUGUAUUAUGAUAUUUCAUCUGCAAAGAAUCUAUUGUUAUUAGCAAAUUCUACAGAAGAGCAGCAAAAGUGGGUGAGUCGGUUAGUGAAAAAGAUACCUAAAAAGCCUCCAGCUCCAGACCCUUUUGCACGGUCAUCUCCUAGAACGUCAAUGAAAAUACAACAAAACCAGUCUAUUCGACGGCCAAGUCGACAGCUUGCCCCAAACAAACCAAGAUUGCUUGAUUUGGCAUUUAAAGACUGGGAUUGGUCAUUUGAUGAUGUUGAUGGUGGUGAUGAUGAUGACGAUGUUUUUGAUUUCUGA